AGACGUCCAAACAGCCAAAGCCGCCCUCCGCCUUCUCUCCUCGCUUCUUGGCUUCUACAAUCCGCAAUGGCGCCCCGGCCGUUUGCGUGCUUCGGCCGAAGACGCGGACGGGAGACCUCGGCAUCUAAACCGCCGGUGGCGAACGCAACGGCGGACCAGACGCAGGAGGAGCAGCGGCGGAUGGGACCCGUGCUGGUGGAGCUGUUCUCGUCGCAGGGGUGCGGCACCUCCCCGGAGGCGGAGGGCGUGGUGUCGCGGUUGGGGCGAGGAGAUUUCGAGGGAGACCUGCCGCCGGUGGCGGUGCUGGCGUUCCACGUGGAGUACUGGGAUUACCGUGGCUGGCGGGACCCCUUCGGCUCCAGCAUAUGGACCGUGCGGCAGAAGGCCUAUGUGGACGUGCUGCACCUCGACACCCUGUACACGCCCCAGGUGGUGGUGAACGGCCGCGCCCAAUGCGUCGGCACCGACCCCGACGCCGUCUUCGCCGCCGUCCGUUCCGCCCCUAGAUUUACCUCCCCCACCAUGCAGGCGACGUUCCAAAAGCCCGCCCCCGGCACACUGCAGGUGUCCUUCACGGGGGCGUUGCAGACCAAGGUGGACGGGAGUGGCGCCGACGUGAUGGUAGCACUCUACCAGAGCGGGCUCGUCACCGACUGCGACCAGGGCGAGAACAAGGGCCGCGUCCUCACCAACGACUACGUCGUCCGCCGUCUCGAGAAGCUCGUCUCCGUGAAGGACGUCUCGGCAAAGAAGAACAUCUCCGGCUCCGUCCACUUCACCCUCUGGGAUGGGUUCAACAGUGCAAAAUGCGGCUUGCUCCUCUUCGUCCAGAAUGCCUCCCUCCAGACUUUUGGCGUGCAGCAGUUCCAAAUCCCACAAGAAGACACCAUCUGAUCUGGUGCUCGAUGCUCGCUUUCAACGAUGUUCAUCCUGCUCACGGGGUUCUGCUUCCAGUAUUCCUUGUUGUCGCAUGCUUUCUUUGUAUCCAUUUGCCAUUCUUUCUGUACCUAAUUAGGAAGUAUGAACGGGGCACGAAGCGUAUUGUAUUGGUAUUUUUCUG